GCCUUUCUUGGUUUCUUUUCCUCCUUCCUCCGCCUCGCCCUCGCCUCUUCCCUCCGCACCAGCUGCCAACCCAACCCAACCCGAACCAAACCCUAGGUCUCGAUCCGAUCCGAAUCGAUCGACUCGGCGCGUGGAUUCGAUCGGGCCCGGUGUCGGAUCGGCGGCGGCGCGGUCGGGGAGCGGGAUGACGAUCCCGAGCGCUGAGGGGUUCCUCCCCGCGGCGAGCUGCCUGCCGAGCACGGCGGAGGAGGAGCGGGAGGUCGUCGCGGCGCUCAUGCGGGAGGCCGAGGAGAAUGUCAAGAACGGCGACCUCCGAUACCUCGUCGACCAGAGGUCGCUGGUGGAUGAAUUGGCAACAUUAUGUGGGGUUGAUCAGUGAUGUGGAGAAUGGCUCUGAGAUGCUUCUUGAAGUUACAAAUAGACCUGGAGAGAUUGAUAACUCGAAGCUUGUUAAGGAGGAAACAGUCAGUAGUAAUGAAGAGCCAGAGCUUCAAAGAACCUUGAAAGAGGGGCAGGACUACACUUUGGUGCCCCAUGAAGUUUGGCGGAGGCUACAUGAAUGGUAUAAAGGUGGACCAGCACUCCCGAGAAAAGUUAUUCUUGAUAAUCCAGCUUCCAAGUCUUACCUAGUGGAUGUCUAUCCCCUCUCUCUGAAACUGAUUGAUGAAAGAGACAGUUCUGAAAAGAUUAUCAGAAUAAGUAGAAAGGCCAAAGUUCAUGAACUCUACAGGAUGGUUAGCUCACGGAUGUCAAUGGAACGGUCUAAGAUCGACAUAUGGGAUUAUUUCAGAAAGGAGAAGAGCAAAAAGUUGACUAAUCUCGACGAGACACUGGAACAAGCUGAACUUUGUAUGGACUCAGAGAUCCUCAUGGAGGUGAAGGCAGAUGACAGCUGUUCAGACUUUAGUACGAGAUCGACAAACAAUGAACUAGCAUUAAUUCCAUUAGGACCCUCAACAUCAUCAUUUUCAAUUGCUGGAGGGCCCACCUAUUCAAAUGGUUAUUCAUCUGGAAUUGGUUCCAGCUUUUUGCAUGACAAUAGCUUUAAUCCGUUACUAAGAGACACAGAAGAUGGUUAUAAUAGUUUCAGCAAUGGUACGAAAGAGGACAUGCACGGAUUGAGUGGGUUACAUAACUUGGGCAAUACAUGCUUCAUGAAUAGUGCUGUACAAUCCUUGGUUCAUACACCUCCAUUGGUGGAGUACUUUCUGGCGGACUACUCUCGGGAAAUAAACACGGAAAAUCCACUUGGGCUGCAGGGUGAACUUGCAGUUGCAUUUGGAGAGCUAUUGAGAAAACUUUGGUCGGCUGGUCGAACUUCUGUUGCUCCGCGUGCAUUUAAAUCAAAGCUUUCUCGUUUUGCUCCACAGUUUAGUGGAUACAAUCAGCAUGAUUCUCAGGAGCUACUUGCUUUUCUGUUGGAUGGUCUGCAUGAAGAUCUCAACCGUGUGAAAAAGAAACCAUAUAUUGAAGCAAAGGAUGCCGAUGGCCGUCCAGAUGAAGAAUUUGCUGAAGAAUGCUGGAAUUACCACAAAGCUCGAAAUGACUCAAUAAUUGUAGAUAAGUUCCAGGGACAAUACAAGUCCACAUUGGUGUGUCCGGUCUGUAACAAAAUAUCUGUUACCUUUGACCCAUUCAUGUAUUUGUCACUACCACUGCCUUCAACAGUUACUCGAAUGAUGACAGUAACUGUAUUUAGUGGUACUGGGGAUGCUCUUCCCAUGCCUUACACUGUGACGGUACAAAAAAAGGGAACUUGCAGAGACCUUGCUAAAGCCCUGACUGAUGUAUGUUGCUUAAAGAGUUCUGAGACACUCUUACUUGCAGAGGUAUACGAGCACCGGAUUUAUCGCUACCUAACAAAUCCAUUGGAUCCACUUUAUAAUAUAAAAGAUGAAGAUCUACUUGUUGCAUAUAAGCUCCCUGUUGGUCAUGAAAAACUUUUGAGGCUAGAGAUCCUGCAUCGUAAGGCAGACAGAUUUGGUAUGGAGUCCCAUUUUAACAUUAGCCGGAAGCUCAUUGGGAGCCCUCUUGUGACUUGUAUUCCUAAUGACUCCACAAGAAAAUCUGAUAUUUAUGCGGCUGCUUCUGCUGUUCUGGCUCCUUUUGUACGAGCAAAAGUAAACGGUUCUGAUGAGUCUGUAGUCAAGUUGAAUGGCUUUGGUCCAAGCCUGGAUGGUAUGGUAUUGAUAGAUAAUGGGAACUCCUGUGAGGAGGGUCCCUCCACAUCAGAUGCGGAUGAAAAAGCAGCUGAUGAUGAACAUCUGCCAUUUCAACUUUCCUUGACUGAUGAAAAAGGUAUUACGAGAAAUGCUAUAAACACAGAUUCUAAUCGUGUUUUGGGAAUAGUUACAAGGUUAUCAAUGGACUGGUCUGAUAAAGAGCAUGAAAUAUACAACAUUGAUUACAUGGAUGAACUUCCUGAUGUCUUCAAGCCUGGUUUUCUGUCAAAGAAAACACGACAAGAAGCAGUCAACUUAUUUUCAUGUUUAGAUGCUUUUCUGAAAGAGGAACCUCUGGGCCCUGAUGAUAUGUGGUACUGUCCUGGCUGCAAGGAACACAGGCAAGCCAGCAAGAAACUGGACUUGUGGAGGUUGCCUGAGAUAUUGGUAGUUCACUUGAAAAGGUUCUCAUACAGCCGGUAUAUGAAGAACAAGCUUGAUGCUUUUGUGAAUUUUCCAAUCCAUGAUCUGGAUAUGAGUAAGUAUGUGAAGCAGACAUCAAGAGGUGAUCAGUGCCCCAUGUAUGAACUCUAUGCAGUGAUCAAUCAUUAUGGUGGUCUUGGUGGUGGCCACUACUCUGCGUAUGCGAAGUUGGUAGAAGAGGAGAAUUGGUAUCAUUUUGAUGAUAGUCAUGUUUCAUCCGUUAAUGAGGAUGAGAUCAGAACAUCUGCAGCUUAUGUUCUUUUCUAUCGACGUGUUGGUGAUUCUAGUACAGUGGCAAAAGACGGGGCAAUUGACGUUGAUAUGGUUGAUUCGCUAGAGACGUAGAUUCUCAAAUCAUGGACCAACGUGGGUACGAUUUUGUGGCCAACAUAUGGUGCUCAGAAGAUUGCUAAACUUUGCAUAUGCUGGCUCUAGGGCCCUCAGUACUGCUUUAUGUAGGUCCAUCGAGCUAUAUAUGUUUUGAAGGCGCAGCACAGAAGCAACAUCUAGUUAGCGUGACUACAUGGAUCUCAAAUACAUGUCACAACCCUCCUAUAACUGAUCAGGGUUUCCAGAAUCUUCUAUAUUCCCCCUUUUGAGGAGAGUUGAUAAGGACAGGUAAAUUGAGGAAGCGGCAACAGAUUGCCAAAUUCAUUUUCUGCGCUGAUAUGCAGAUGUGGCUGUUCUUGGGCUAUCUAUUAAUUGGUGUGGAUGGGGAUGUAGUUUGUAACCUACGAGACUGCAAUUGAUUUUUUUUUUUUUUUGACAAUGCUCUACUUUUUGUGGCCUUCCUGUGCUGCAGGCCAGUUUUGGUUCCAUUCGUUCUGCAACAGAUCGCCCCAUCCUCACCAGCGGUACUGCCGGAUGUAUUAAUUGUUUUGUGCGGAAUCAAUUAGGAGUAAUGCAUACUUAGCUUUUAUGAUGACCUGUUCAAUCAAUCAGUGAACAAAAGAUAAUGUUGAGGAGGCAA